AAAUCCAAGCUCAGUCGUCAGUGUCAGUCACUAUUUUUCCAUUUCCCUUCUCUUCAAGUCCUUCAAAAAUGGCAACUUCCAUUUUCUUCUUUGUACUAUUAUUCACCACAGUUCUUUCAAGAACAACUCCAGAUGAGGCCUCAAGAACAAAAACCCUAGAUAUUACUUCUUCCAUUCAAAAAAUCCUUAAUCCCUUCUCAGUAAAAACUUUUAACUCAUUUAAACAAGAAGAAAAUACAGUUUCUUCUUCAUCUUUGCUUAGUUUUCAACUACAUUCACGUGUAGCAGUUCGUGGUACUUCACAUAAGGAUUAUAACUCAUUAACACUAGCUCGACUUCAACGUGACUCAACACGUGUUAAAUCACUUCAAACUAAAGUAGAUCUGGUUGUUCAGGGCAUUGGUAAAUCGGAUCUCAAACCAAUGGAAAGUGAGUUCCAAGCUGAGAAAAUUGAAGGACCAAUUAUCUCAGGUACAAGUCAAGGAAGCGGUGAGUACUUCUCACGAAUUGGUGUCGGACAUCCACCUAGUCAAGUUUACAUGGUACUCGAUACAGGAAGUGACGUAAACUGGAUCCAAUGUGCACCUUGUGCUGAUUGUUACCAACAAGCUGAUCCAAUAUUCGAGCCAGCUGCAUCUUCCUCCUACUCUCCACUCAAUUGCAAUACACAACAGUGUAAAUCACUUGAUGUAUCUGAAUGUAGAAACAAUACUUGUUUAUACGAAGUAUCGUAUGGUGAUGGUUCAUAUACAGUUGGUGAUUUUGUAACUGAGAGUAUCACAUUUGGAGGUUCAUCUUCAGUUGAGAAAGUAGCUAUUGGUUGUGGACAUAAUAAUGAAGGUUUAUUUGUUGGUGCUGCUGGUUUACUAGGGUUAGGUGGUGGUAAGUUAUCUUUUCCAUCACAGAUAAAUGCUACUUCGUUUUCGUAUUGUUUGGUGGAUCGAGACUCAGAUUCUACUUCAACACUUGAAUUUAACGGUAAAACUUCACCUGAUGCUGUUACUGCUCCGUUAGUAAGGAAUUCGAAGCUUGAUACGUUUUAUUACUUGGAUUUAACGGGGAUAAGUGUUGCUGGUAACGCGAUUUCAGUUUCGCCAUUGGCUUUUAAAGUUAGCGAUAACGGCGAUGGCGGUGUGAUUGUUGAUUCAGGUACGGCGGUGACAAGAUUGCAAACGGACGUGUACAACACGCUCCGUGAUGAGUUCGUGAAAGGGACGAGGCACUUGACGUCAACUAACGGCGUUGCGUUAUUCGACACGUGUUAUAAUUUGAAAUCAAUGAAGAGUGUUGAGGUUCCAACGGUGUCGUUUCGUUUCUCUAACGGUAAAGAAUUGCCGUUACCGGCUAAGAAUUACCUGAUACCGGUUGAUUCUUCUGGUACUUUUUGUUUUGCUUUUGCUCCAACAUCGUCCAGCCUGUCAAUUAUCGGUAAUGUUCAACAGCAAGGGACACGUGUCAGUUUCGAUUUGGCAAAUUCUCUCAUUGGAUUCUCACCCAAUAAAUGCUAGUGAUAGGUUAAUUGUUUUCUUCCUGUUUUACCCCUAGCUAGAAAGUGUAUUUUCAAUUUUAGUUCCUUUUGUUGGGGCCCACUUGGGUAACUGUAACGUGAUGAAGUGGGACCUGUGGGCGUUAUUAUUGCAAUUUCAGUAGUGUGUUUUAUGUAUAGUGUAAUUUAUUGAUAGUGUGAGAGGUAUUAAUGCCAAUCAGGGUAAAAGAAUGCUGAUAAUUGAGAUUAUGUCCGUGAUUAGCGUAGAGUUGAUUUGGUGAGAUGAGGAGCAUGGUUAAAGUUUAUAACCUGCCCAAUGCAUGUUAGACACGUGGCCGAAGAUUGACUUUUAAGAAAUUUUAUGAGUAAUGUAAGGAGAAUCCAGGCAAAAGGCUAAAAUUGUCACUGAAUUAUAUGUUUUUGAUGACUGUUUUUCUCUCCA